AUGGCUUCUAUCCUUGGGUAUUGUUAUAGAUCAUGCAGUGUUUUUAAUCAAGUUAAGCACGUUAAUAAAUUCUUCACCACUUCAACAAAAAAGCACAAAGUCACGGUUAAAAAAUUGAAGGGCAAGAGCAUUGGAUCACAAAAAUGGCUGACACAACAACUCAAUGAUCCGUACGUGAAACGUGCAAAGUUGGAAAAUUGGAGAUGUCGAAGUGCCUUUAAAUUAUUAGAAAUUGACGAAAAACACAAAAUUUUGAAACCUGGAAAUAUAGUGAUAGACUGUGGAGCAGCACCUGGAUCAUGGUGUCAAGUCGCUGCAAAGAAAGUAAAUGCAACAAAAAGUGAUCCUCACCGACCUGCCGGAACAGUGAUAGGAGUGGAUCUACUCCACAUCGAACCAUUAGACGGGGUUACUUUCCUUACAAAAUCCGACUUCACAAAUAAAGAUGUGCAGAAUACCAUAUUGGAAAGUCUUAACGGGAAAAAGGUACAAGUUGUUUUAAGCGAUAUGGCACCAAGAGCUUCCGAUGCAAGACAACUCGACCACGAACGGAGCGUUGAACUCUGCGCCUCAGUUCUCAGAUUUUCUGUGACAAUUCUUAGACACGGUGGUCACUUGCUUUGUAAAUUAUGGAUGGGACCGGAGCAGGACAAAUUGCACAGAGCGCUUGACAGGAUGUUUGCUAGUGUGAAAGUGGUCAAACCUCCUGCCAGUCGAAAUAGCUCAUCUGAAAUUUAUUUCCUAGCCAAAGAUUUCACUGGUGUUCCUUCCGACAAGUCAAAGGUUGUAAGUAAACCCACACAGGAAAUAUCCGCCAACAACGAUAAAGGUUAAACAAUUGAUUGAUUGACAGGUUUUCCGUCUCCUUGACUCCUCCCGUGUCCGGGGUAACGUCAGUGUUCUGGCGACGUAGUUAAACAAUUCUCAAAAUAAAAUAUAUG